AUGUCCCAGGUAGUCGGGAAUACUGCGCUGGCGUAUGCCCGGGUAUGGCAUCACGUCGACGCCUCCGAGCGGGUACUGGGAAAGUUGGCAGAGCGCAUUGCCAUCGUGCUCAUGGGCAAGCACAAGCCCAUUUUCGACCCCAGCGCGGACUGCGGUGACUACGUUGUCAUCACAAAUGCUCGGAGGGUGAAGGUGCACCACACUAUGUUCCCCGGAGGCUUGAAGGAGAUCCAAUACAAGGAUAUGAUGCGGAGGAAACCCGACGAGAUCAUCCGAAAAGCUGUCUCGGGCAUGCUGCCAAAGAACAAGCUGCGCGAGAGAAGACUACAGCGCCUGCGGAUAUUCGAGGACGAGGACAUGGGCGUGUUCCAGCAUAAUAUCUUGAAGCGUUGGGAGGAUGGCACACUGGCACAACCCGCUCCUCAAUCCAAGGCACCAUCGGCCUAA